AUGGUCUCGUCCCUUCAGACUUCCGAUAAUUCCAAAGUCGUCAAGACUGAGCCUCUCGACAACAAAGACGCCAAGUGGGCGACACUCAAAAAAAUCACCUACACUGACCCAAAAGGUGUUGAGCGCACAUGGGAAUCCGGAGAACGUCUCACCCGACCACCAGGAUCUGAUAUCGACGGCGUAGGCGUUGCAGCCAUCCUCCAGGACCCAGCGAAACCCAAUGAUGAGCCUCGAAUUCUGCUGCAAAAGCAAUGGCGUGCGCCCGUUGAUGCGACCGUCAUAGAAGUUCCGGCUGGCUUGAUGGAUCCGGAUGAGACUGCAGAGUCCUGCGCCAUCCGUGAGCUCAAGGAGGAAACGGGCUACGUCGGAGAACUCGUCCCAGAUAAGACUUUUCGGGUUACUCCAAUCAUGUUUAAUGAUCCCGGCUUCUGCAACACCAACCUCAGGAUGAUUCACGUCACAGUGGAUAUGUCUCGCCCGGAGAACCAGAACCCACAGCCGGAGCUUGAAGAGAACGAGUUCAUCGAAACCUUCUCUGUCCCAUUGAAAGAUCUAUGGGAUGAAUGUAUCAGAUUCACGGAACAAGGAUAUGUUAUCGAUGCAAGAGUCGGCUCAUUAGCGGAGGGCUUAGAAUUCGCUAAGAGAUGGAAGUUGGCAUGA